GCCACUGCGGUCAUGUCAGUCAGCUUGAUAGAGUCCAUGGAGAAGGGAAGAAACGAGGGCAGCAACUUCACUCCUGCAUUUUAACAAUUAUAUAUUUUUCUCAUAUUCAUUAAGUACCUGUUAGUCAAUACCAGAACUUAGUUAUUAGUCGUGGUCAUCGAUAAUUUUAACUUGAUUUUUACGUGGAGGAGGAGAUGAAAGGGGCUUGUCCAACUCAACUUCAAUUAUGGGGACAGACACCUGCCGUGUUCAGGCGCGGCUAACGCGCUAACAUUAGCCAUCAGAGGGAGUUCAAAAGUACAAACCAGCACAACAAGACGAUAUGAAAUGGUGACAGGACAAGGAAAAGCUGGAUUAUAAAACUUGACGGGAAUAUAAUCGUAUUCAAACGGAGAUAUUUUAACCUUACGUGCUGAUGUAACUAGUUUAGGUGGGAGCUGCUGUAUCUGGGAUCAUGUCUGUGACUGAACUCUACUCUAAGUACACCCGGGUUUGGAUCCCUGACCCAGAUGAUGUCUGGAAGUCGGCUGAAAUCAUCAAGGAUUAUAAGGAGGGAGACAAAGUGCUUCAUCUCAAAUUAGAAGAUGAAUCGACGUUAGAAUAUUCAAUUGGUCCCAAAGACAAUCCACUUCCAUUUCUUCGGAAUCCUGAUAUUCUGGUAGGAGAGAAUGACCUCACGGCUCUCAGCUACCUUCAUGAGCCUGCUGUGCUCCACAACCUCAAGGUCCGCUUUCUUGAGUCCAAUCACAUUUACACCUACUGCGGGAUCGUUCUGGUGGCCAUCAACCCGUACGAACAGCUUCAGAUCUAUGGAGAAGAAGUUAUCAAUGCGUACAGCGGACAGAACAUGGGGGACAUGGACCCUCAUAUAUUUGCUGUUGCAGAGGAAGCAUACAAACAGAUGGCCAGAGAUGAGAAGAACCAGUCGAUAAUCGUGAGUGGUGAGUCUGGAGCCGGUAAAACAGUUUCGGCAAAGUAUGCCAUGCGCUUCUUCGCCACAGUGGGAGGUUCAGCGAAUGACACCAACGUCGAAGAGAAAGUACUGGCCUCCAGCCCCAUUAUGGAGGCCAUUGGAAAUGCAAAAACCACCCGCAAUGACAACAGCAGCCGCUUCGGGAAGUACAUCCAGAUAGGCUUCGACAGGAGAUAUCACAUCAUUGGUGCCAACAUGCGAACGUAUCUGCUUGAGAAGUCCAGAGUAGUAUUUCAGGCUGAGGAUGAGAGGAACUAUCACAUCUUCUACCAGCUCUGUGCUUCAUCCUCUCUGCCGGAGUUUAAAGAUCUUACCUUGACCAGCGCAGAGGAAUUUACCUACACGUCUCUCGGUGAGAACAUUUUUAUUGAAGGAGUGAAUGACGCUGAAGACCUUGUGAAGACAAGAGAGGCUCUUACAAUGCUUGGUGUGAAAGAGAUCCAUCAAAUGAGCAUCUUUAAGAUAAUGGCCUCUAUCUUGCACCUGGGGAACGUGGGGAUUGUGUCGGAGAGAGAUGGAGAAUCCUGCCAUAUCAGCAGGGACGACACUCAUUUGCAUCAUUUCUGUCGGCUGCUGGGUAUAGAGAAGGAUCAGAUGGAGCACUGGCUGUGCCGCAGGAAGCUGGUGACCACCUCCGAAACCUACGUGAAGAACAUGUCACACGCCCAGGCGGUCAACGCCCGAGACGCCCUGGCCAAACACAUUUACGCGCAUCUCUUUGACUGGAUCGUAGAGCACGUCAAUAAGGCCUUGCACACCUCCACCAAACAGCACUCCUUUAUCGGGGUGCUGGAUAUCUACGGAUUUGAAACGUUCGAGAUAAACAGCUUUGAGCAGUUCUGUAUUAACUACGCCAAUGAGAAACUACAGCAACAGUUCAACUCGCAUGUGUUUAAACUGGAGCAAGAAGAGUAUAUGAAGGAGCAGAUCCCCUGGACGCUUAUAGAUUUCUAUGAUAACCAGCCAUGCAUUGACCUCAUUGAAGCCAAACUUGGUAUUCUGGACCUCCUUGAUGAAGAGUGCAAGGUGCCUAAAGGAACGGAUCAAAACUGGGCGCAGAAGCUGUACAGCAAGCAUUCAAACAGCGGGCAUUUCGAAAAGCCCAGGAUGUCCAACACGUCUUUCGUUGUGGUUCACUUUGCAGACAAGGUUGAAUAUCAGUGUGACGGCUUCCUGGAGAAGAAUAGAGACACUGUUUAUGAGGAGCAGAUCAACAUCCUCAAGGCCAGUCAGUUCCAGUUGGUUGCAGAUCUCUUUCAUGAUGGCAAAGAUGCUGGUCCUGCCUCAGUCACCAGCAAGACCUCCAAGAUCAACGUCCGGGCUGCCAAACCAGUUCCAAAAGGCCAUAACCGUGAGCACAGGAAAAGUGUGGGCACCCAGUUCAGGAACUCUCUACACCUUCUGAUGGAAACGCUGAACGCUACCACCCCUCAUUAUGUGCGCUGCAUUAAACCCAAUGAUUUUAAAGAAUCAUUUGUGUUUGAUUCUAGAAGAGCUGUUCAGCAACUGCGAGCAUGUGGAGUUCUCGAGACCAUCCGCAUCAGUGCCGCCGGAUAUCCAUCCAGGUGGACCUAUCCAGAUUUCUUCAGCAGAUAUCGAGUGCUUAUGACAAAGAAGGACAUGACCAUUGGGGAUAAGAAGCAGGUUUGUAAGAACCUGCUGGAGACCUUGAUCAAGGACCCAGAUAAGUUCCAGUUUGGAAAGACGAAGAUUUUCUUCAGGGCAGGUCAGGUGGCCUAUCUGGAGAAGCUCAGAGCCGAUAAGUUCCGCUACGCCUGCAUUAAGAUCCAGAAGACCGUGCGAGGAUGGCUGCAGAGAAUUCGGUACCGCAAGAUCCGCAAGUCUGCUAUCACUCUCCAGAGAUACGGCCGGGGUUACUUGGCACGCAGAUACGCAGAGAUGCUUCGCCUGACCCGAGCAGCGCUUAUUUGUCAAAAGCAGUACCGGAUGGUACGAGUUCGACGGGAGUAUCUGAGGACCCGUCGGGCUGUUAUCACCAUUCAAGCAUUCACCCGGGGCAUGUUCAUACGCAGGUUAUAUCAGGAGUUCCUGCUCCAUCACAAAGCCAUGAUCAUACAAAAGACCGUCCGUGGUUGGCUUGUGAGAAAGCAGUAUCUCCGUGCCCGAUAUGCUGCCAUCGUCAUCCAGUGUUUCUACCGCCGCGUACGCGCCAAGCGCCAGCUCAAACAGCUCAAGAUAGAAGCCCGUUCGGCCGAACACUUUAAAAAACUCAAUGUCGGGAUGGAGAACAAGAUCGUGCAGCUCCAGAAGAAGAUGGAUAACAAGUCAAAAGAGUAUAAAACUCAGAAUGAGCAGCUGGCUGUUGCUAACACUGCUUUGGGAUCAGAGGUCAAUAAGCUCCAGAAAGAACUGGAGACUCUCCGCAGUCAGCAGACUGCGGGCACAUCACUGCAGGAAGAGCUAGAGAAGUUGAGGGCGGAGCUCCAGGAAGCCCACGCCAAGAGGAAACAGAUAGAGGAGGAGUUCGGCAACGAGAAACAAGGACUCGAACAGAGGGUGCAGGAGCUGGAGAAAGAGAACACACUGUUGAAGAAGGAGAAAGAAGAGAUGAACCGCAGGAUCCAGAGCUCCAAUCAGGGUCAGGGAGGCGACAUAUCUCAGAAAGAGGUCCGUCUGCAGGUUGAACUGGAUGAGGAGAGGCAGCGAUAUCAGAACCUGGUCAAAGAAUAUUCCAGACUGGAGCAGAGAUACGAAAAUCUGCAGGAGGACAUGUCCUCCAUGAAGUUCCAUCCCGGCCACCGGAGGAACCCCUCUAACCAGAGCAGUCUGGGCUCUGACUCCAACUACCCCUCUAUUAGUUUGUCAGAGGUGGGAGACACUGAUGACACCAUCCAGCAGGUGGAGGAAAUGGGCAUAGAGAAGGCUGCCAUGGACCUCAGUGUUUUCAUGAAGUUACAGAAACGCGUAAGAGAGCUAGAACAGGAAAGAAAGAGGCUGCAGACCAAUCUAGAGAAAGUUGAGGAGCUGAACAAACGCAAGGGAAAUGAGCCCAAGAGCUCCACGUCAGAGGAGGAUAUAAACGCAGACCUGGCCUACAACAGUCUGAAGCGGCAAGAGCUUGAAACUGAGAAUAAGAAGUUGAAGAAUGACCUGAACGAGUUGAGGAAAGCGGUGGCCGACAAGGCCUCCGAGAACAACUCGUCCAAUGAGCUUCAAGAGGGCUACAACCUGCUGCUGAAUCAGCUCAAAGCGGCCAAUGAGGAGCUGGAUGUGCGCAAGGAGGAGGUUCUCAUGCUCAAGACCCAAAUCGUGAACUCCACAAAGCAGUCAGAGAACCUAAACCACAUUGAUUCCAAUGAUGUGUCAGAAUGGACCAACAACAAGAAGCCUGUGGACUCGGAGGACACUGUUGACACGCCUGAUUUAAAGAAGCUGCUGGAGGCCCAGCUGCAAACGCAGUCUCGACAGCACAAGGAUGAGUUAGAGGCUCUCCACACACAAAUCGAACUGCUGAAGGACAGUUUGGAGAAGAAGCAGGAAGUGCUGGACCACUUCUCCACACUUUCUCCUGAAGCUCUGGUGGAGUUCAGCGUGCAGCAGGAGAUCACACGCCUCACCAACGAAAACCUAGAUCUAAAGGAACUUGUUGAGAAGUUGGAGAAGAAUGAGAAGAAGUUGAAGAAGCAGUUGAGGAUCUAUAUGAAGAAAGUGCAAGAGCUGGAAGUGUCUCAGGCUACUAGAAGCAGACCAGAGCUGACUCGUCAGGUCACUGUACAGAGGAAAGAAAAGGACUUUGAAGGCAUGCUGGAGUACUACAAAGAAGAUGAGGCCUUGCUGGUCAAGACUUUAAUUACAGACAUAAAGCCCAAUGCGGUGUCGGCCACUGUCCCCUGCCUCCCCGCCUACAUCCUCUUCAUGUGUAUCCGUCAUGCCGACUACAUCAAUGAUGACCAGAAAGUUCAUUCACUCCUUACUGCAACCAUCAAUGCCAUCAAAAAGGUCCUGAAGAGAAACAACGAUGACUUUGAGAUGACCUCCUUCUGGCUGGCAAAUGCUAGUCGACUUCUGCACUGUCUGAAGCAGUACAGCGGGGAUGAGGCAUUUAUGACACAGAACACUGGCAAGCAGAACGAGCACUGUCUGAAAAACUUUGACCUGGCCGAGUAUCGGCAGGUUCUGAGUGACCUUUCCAUCCAGAUCUAUCAGCAGCUCGUCAGAGUGGCGGAAGCCAUCAUGCAACCCAUGAUUGUUUCUGCCAUGCUUGAGAGCGAGAGCAUCCCCAGCCUGGCUGGAGUGAAGCCCAUGGGCUACAGGAACCGCUCUUCUAGUUUGGACUGUGAGAGUGGAGGUCCAGCGGGCUACACGCUGCAGGCCCUAAUCAGGCAGUUGGGACAGUUUUACACCACCAUGGCAGACCACGGCCUGGACCCUGAGAUCAGCCAGCAGGUGGUUCGCCAGCUCUUCUACUCCAUCAAUGCAGUGACCCUGAACAACCUGCUGCUGCGCAAAGAUGUCUGUUCUUGGAGUACCGGCAUGCAGCUCAGGUACAACAUCAGUCAGUUGGAGGAAUGGCUAAGAGGAAAGAAUCUGCACCAGAGUGGAGCCGCAGCCACCAUGGAACCUGUUAUUCAGGCCGCCCAGCUGCUGCAGGUCAAGAAGAAGACCUCCCAAGACGCAGAGGCAAUUUGCUCGCUCUGUACCGCCCUCAGCUUACAGCAGAUUGUGAAGAUCCUUAACUUGUACACACCACUCAAUGAGUUUGAGGAACGAGUCACUGUGUCUUUCAUAAGAGACAUACAGAAUCGUCUCCAAGAUCGAAUAGAGAACAACCAACUGCUGGCAGACACUAAAUACACCUUCCCUGUGCUAUUCCCUUACACUCCAUCAGCGCUCAGCCUGGAAACCGUACACAUCCCUGCCUCCCUCAGCCUGGACUUCCUCACACGGGUCUGACAUCUAAAUCUCAUCUCUGUCUCACUCUGAGAUCUACCGAGUCAGACCUGCGGCUUGCAGCGGGCCCGUCGCAGAUCUGCUAACCCGCAUACUAACAACACCAUCCGUGUGGGAUUUACAGUAUCGGCAUCUAACAAGACAGACAAUCUCCCCGACCGACUAACUGUGGUGUUGAGACGCGUUUUCAGUAACGGGAGAGAUGCAUCUAAACGAUGCAGGUGUAAAUAAGCCGUCUGCCUUUCCUUCUAUAACAUUCAACCAGUUUUCUCUGGGCUCCGGUUUAAUACAAGCAAGGCUAUUGUUAUAUGAAGUUUAAACACUAUAUUUGGAUUGGGAUGUGUUUGUCUUUGAUUAAUUCUUAUGAAUAAAUAAGUUUAAUCUAAAUUAAAGUAAGAGGGUUUUGGGCUACUGACAUGAAACACUAAUGCAAGAUGUAUGUGUCUGUACGAGAUGUAUGUAUCUGUAUUAGUACGCACUGAUUUCUUUGUGUUUGUAAUGGAAAAAAGUCUUUUAUUUCCCUUGCUUGUGCAGGAGCACAGUCUCAUCUGAAAAACACAGGCUCCCAUUGAAGCAACACCACCAUCUCAUUUUGUUUUCUAGGAGAACUUUUAAAACCGGCUGCCAAGAUUCAUUCCCACAACCUCUAGCAAAAACAAGCAGGAAAUAUCUGCAUUGCAGUGGCUGUUGCCAGUGACCAAUCUGGAUCGGACUCUCCAAACAGGGUCUUUUUAUGCUUUUUUUCUUCUUGUGUGUUGAAGAAACAGAUGUAGAGACUUGGGACCCUGAAUCACGGGGCCAGCGAAUGUGGCCAUUCGUGAAAGUGAUGAGAGGACGAGGACGAUGAGAGGAGAUUGAGCUGGGAUAUUUCAUAUUAGGUUGAAAUAAUUAUGUGAUUGUUUGUUGGUGGAAGCUAGAAUGUGCUCGAAGGCAUUUGCAAGUAUGAAGAAACGUGUCUUAAGAGGCAUAAUAUACACUGAGAUGAGUUUUAUGGUGUACAGAAACCUAAAGACAGACAUUGUCAAACAUACCAGGUUACUGUUUCAUGAAAGCAAUUAUCACGAUUUACUUUAUACUUUUGCACAGCUCUGUAAAUGAUUACGUGCAAUCAAAUAGCAAUAACUACGCACUGUUUACUUCAAAAGUACGAUUUUAUACAAUCUCUUAUGGUUUUCCCCUCAUUUUGUAUGUUGCCAACAGAAUGGACUGUUCUGCAAGAAAAGUGCAUCAUGUCAAUUCAGGAUAUUGUAUUUUGUUUCAAAAAAGUAAUUCAUCUUUUAGUUUUAGGUUUCAGAAUUCAUACAAAGCUGUCCAAUUCUCAUGUAUUGCACUCUCACUCUGUGGAUACAACUUUCUGGAUUGAAAUAGUCCUUUCAAUGCCAAUAAAAUAAAAACUGUAAAUUUU